UGACCGCCGCGCCGGAGUGCCCGCUAUGGAACAGGAGAAAUAUCUGCCUGAGCUGAUGGCAGAGAAAGAUAGCUUGGAUCCAUCCUUCGUGCAUGCAACGCGCCUCCUGGCCGAAGAAAUUGAAAAGUUUCAGGGUUCUGAUGGGAAAAAAGAAGAUGAAGAAAAGAAAUAUCUUGAUGUCAUCAGCAACAAAAACAUAAAGCUGUCAGAGCGAGUACUGAUCCCUGUCAAACAGUAUCCAAAGUUCAAUUUUGUGGGGAAAUUGCUCGGACCAAGAGGAAACUCCUUGAAGAGACUACAGGAAGAGACAGGUGCUAAAAUGUCUAUCCUGGGGAAAGGAUCAAUGAGAGAUAAAGCAAAGGAAGAAGAACUAAGGAAGAGUGGAGAAGCCAAAUAUGCCCACUUGAGUGAUGAACUUCACGUGUUAAUUGAAGUCUUCGCUCCACCUGGGGAAGCUUAUUCACGUAUGAGUCAUGCAUUGGAAGAGAUUAAAAAGUUCCUUGUUCCAGAUUACAAUGAUGAAAUUCGCCAGGAACAAUUACGUGAGUUAUCUUAUUUGAAUGGCUCAGAGGACACAAGUCGUGGAAGAGGCAUUAGAGGAAGAGGAAUCCGAGUCCCUCCCACAGCUCCUUCAAGGGGCCGUGGAGGAGCAAUUCCUCCUCCCCCACCACCUGGACGAGGUGUUCCAGCACCUAGGGGAACUACUGUGACACGUGGUGCUCUUCCAGUACCCCCAGUAGCAAGAGGGGUUCCUACACCUAGAGCAAGGGGUGCUCCAUCUGUUCCAGGAUACCGGCCACCCCCUCCUCCAGCCCAUGAGGCCUAUGAAGAAUAUGGAUAUGAUGAUGGCUAUGGAGGAGAAUAUGAUGACCAGAGCUAUGAGGCCUAUGACAGCAGCUACGCAACCCAAACACAAAGUGUGCCUGAAUAUUAUGACUAUGGUCAUGGAACAAGUGAAGACGCCUAUGACAGCUACGCACAAGAAGAAUGGGCCCCAACCCGUUCCAGCCUAAAGGCACCACCUCCAAGGGCAGCCAGAGGGGGAUACAGGGAACACCCCUAUGGUAGAUAUUGAAGGUCUUCCUCAUCUGUGACCUCACCUCAAAGACAAUUAAUAGCCUGUGGUCUCCACAUAAACAGCAACAAGACAAGUAAUAGUCCAUUUCUUUUCUAUCCUAGGGAUUACUGCUCAUGAUUACCCCCUGUACUUCUUGUGUAUUUCUUCCUAUACUGUUGGCGUGACAUUGACAUUAGUAUUAUUUUAUAACACGGACUUAAAAGACUUUGGCAAGCAUCAUCUAUAAACCAUUCAGUAGAAUGAUAUACUCUUGGUUGUUUUUCAUUGUUGUGUGUAUUUUAUUUCAUUUUAUUUUUUAUUAAAAGAAAAAGCAUGAAGCUGUUACCAGAUCUUGAGUUUCUACCAACUAGUUGAGGUUGAGCUUUGUUUAGGGUUGCUAAAAGAUUGUAAUAUGAUUUUUGAACUAGAUGAUAAUCAAGAUGUAGAUAAGCUGUUUUAACCUGUCUUUUAAUAUAUGUUAGUUAGAUGAAGAUGUUCUAUAUUCAGUUUGUAAAUUUAAUUUUAAAUGCUGUUUUAAUGGGGUUGAAAACAAGCAGCUACUGUAUGUAUGUAGCUAACUGAAUUUGUUCAGUGUUUUAACCUGUAUUUGUUAAAAAAGAAAAAACCACAUAAAGUUCCAUGUGUAAGCUUCUCUAAAUAGGAAACCACAAUUUUGUCAAAUAUGUUUGCCAUAAUUUGUCAAUAAAGCUGAAACCUUUUGUAACAAACUAAAUUUGGAAUUACUUGUUUUCUAGCUUUAAAUGCCUGCUUUAUUUCUUCUUCAAGAGAUGCCUAAAAUGUUUUCUAUUUAAAAUUACAAAAAUGAACCCAAGUCUGUUUUAAGAAUUUUGUGUAAGCCUUUAAAAAAUUGUAUUAAUAACUUCUGGUUGUUAAAUAAUUUAAAAGUUAACAAACUAAACUGUUACAUGAAUCAUGGUUAGUAAACACUAAUGUAUAACAUGUUAAUGGAAAAACUGGA